AUAUAUGUACAUAAAUACAAUAUAAAACUUAAAAUCGCCCUUACUUCUGCCAUAGUAUUUUCUUGUUUUCACUUUCACACUUUCAAUAAUAUUUGUAAACAAACGUAAACAUUCGAUUUUGACGCUCGGAAUUAAAUGCCGCUCAAAGUUGCUGAGUCAGCAGUGAGAGAUUAUCGCGUCAAAGGUGAAGGCUGGAUCGAGCUAGAGUUUCUUGGGUAAUUUUCAAUUGGGUGUUUGGGUAUUUCUGUAAUUCUCACCAAUUUUUUUUGUAAUUAUUAUAUAUUACUGUAAUACUGCCUGGUAAGUACGAAGAUAAUGGUUUGUAUCAUUUGAUAAGUACCAUCUUAGUAAAAGUCUGACCAGAUUGCUAGUUGGACAGGACCUAACCCUAACCUUGACCAACGGCACCAACCCUGAAGUAGAUAAUUAUGAAAGUCACACUAGUCUGCUUCAGGUUGGUUAGAUUUGAGGUUAGGUCCAGUCCUACUAGCUAUCCGGUCCAACUUUUAUACCUGCCUUCUGUGACUGAUGUUGUGCAAUAUAUGCAGUUGUCAGAUUAUACCAUGGUUCGUGGCCAGUUGCAUGUGAGAAAAGUGUUUCAAGUUUGACUCUACUAAACAUCACUAAGUUCACUGAACUUCCCACUUCCCAGGGCUUUAUAUAUAUAUAUUGGUUUUAAUUGUUUUAUUUCAGAUAUUUAUGAAAUUAAAUAAAUGAUCCUAAGAAGGAUUUUGAAACCAACCAUUUUCACAACAUUGAAAGGCAUCAAGAGAAGUUGUCAGUCAUUUGUCAAGGGCAUGGAGCUGAAUGAAUUAGUCAGACAUCUUGAGAACUAUGCUCCAUUAUCAUUGGCUGAAAGCUGGGAUAACGUUGGCCUUCUUGUUCAGCCAUCAACCACAAGUCAUUUAGUGAGCUCAAUCCUCUUAACCAAUGAUCUCACAGAAGCAGUCAUGGAAGAAGCUAUUCGGAAAAACACAAAUAUGAUUUUAUCCUAUCAUCCUCCAAUAUUUAUGCCUCUUAAAACCUUGACAAGAAAUUCUUGGAAAGAGAGAGUUGUGUUGAAGGCCAUUGAGAAUAGAAUAGCAAUAUAUUCUCCACAUACUGCAUUUGAUGUUGUCAAAGGUGGAGUGAAUGAUUGGCUGGCGAGUGGUUUAGGGAAAGGGACAGUUAGACCGCUAAAGAAUACACUUGUUGAUGGAAAGUUGGGGACACAUAAAGUGAACAUUGUUGUUCCUAACGAUCAAAGUAAAGUUGAUGAGUUGGUAACUAAAUUAAAACAAGCAGAUGAGAACAUUGAUGUUAAUGUUGGAGAACUUUUGUAAGUAAAUAGAUUUUUGGUUUAGAUUUAAAUUAGGGGUCUAUUACACAUUUGCAAUUAUCACUUUCCAUAUUUGGCUAGAAAAGAAACUUGUAAUUAUCUGCAGUUGUCUAGUGAAGGACUAAAGACUACAGUCUUCAUAGUCGAGGACUAUAGUCAUCAUAGCCUAAUAUUGCUAUGGAUAUAAUACAACCUUGCAUAAUUUUUUUUCUGAUUAAUAUAGACAUGAUGUAGAUGUAAAUUUCAAAUGCAAUGCUGGUUCUUUGGUGAAAAUAAUGAAUUUGUUAAACAGUGAUUUUUCAGAAAUGUUAAAGAGAACUGAUGUUUUUAGUCUGGCUAAGGUAUGUUGCAAACUUUACUGCCGUCACGUGAGAUUUUAUUAAAUCUUAGUUCUUUCCAGAUAUACUAUCUUGCAAACAAUGGUAAUUUUUUAUCAAGAUUGAACAUUAUUCCUUAUUCAGGUGCCAUUGCAAGACACUGGCAUUGGCCGUUUGUGUACGUUGGAAGAAGCUGUUUCAGUAGAGACUAUGAUAAAGCGAAUUAAGCAUCAUUUGAAGCUGGACAAUGUUCGUUUUGCACCGGCAAAGCUAGGAUCUCAAAAUGACCUCAUCAACACCAUUGCCAUUUGUGCAGGUUCAGGCGGGAGCAUUCUGAAAGGUGUUAAAGCUGACAUGUAUUUGACAGGUGAAAUGUCACACCAUGACGUGUUAGAUGCAGUUUCCAAUGGCAUUAAUGUUGUUUUGGGGGAACACAGCAAUACUGAACGUGGCUUCUUUAAAGAUGUCUUUUCCAGUGUUUUGUCGGUUAUGCUUGAUGGGAAAGUAGGAAUCCAUCAAUCGACCAUUGAUGCAGAUCCUAUUAUUAUAACUUAAUGUACAAUGAUGACACUGUCAGUCAGGUUACAAGAUAAAUAAAUUUGAAUAAAUAAACAAAUAAAACAUGCUGGUCCAGUGUAGGUAGAAUUCUGUAAGUUGCUGUGGUUUUAAAAAGAAUUAAAGACAUUUGGUGUUUCUGGC